ACUAGGCACUAAGACAUCACACCAACUACCAUUAAGGUUUCUUUCUUCUCUGCAUCAUUUUCCUGCUUUAACACAAAAAAUGGCUGUGACUACCAUUAGCAAUGAGUUCAGUUGCCCAAUCCCUCCUGCUAGGCUUUUCAAGGCUGCAAUCCUUGAUGCACACAACCUACUUCCCAAGAUUGUUCCUGACAAGAUCAAAUCCAUUGAAAUUCAAGGAGAUGGUGGGGCUGGAUCCAUCAAACAGAUCAACUUGGCUGAUGAUGGCCCUUUUGAGUUCAUCAAGCAUCAGAUCGAUGAAGUUGAUGAACAAAAUUUUAAGUGCAAGUUUACUCUAAUUGAAGGUGCUGUAAUAGGCGAAAAGAUUGAAAAGGUUGUUGAUACAGUUCAGUUCGUGGCCUCUGCAAAUGGGGGAUCCAUCAUUAAGGCUACUUCUGAGUUUUACACUAUUGGUGACUACACAAUGGGUGAAGAUGAAAUCCAAAUGGGCAAGGACAUGGCGGUUGGAACUUUCAAAAUGGUGGAAGGUUACCUCUUGCAGAACCCAGAUGCCUAUGCUUAAAGAGUCUCUUUAGUUACCCUAUUAAAUCAAUAAGGCUAUUAUGGCUCAAUGUCAAGAAAUCAUUCAUUGUGUUAGUGGCUUUUUAUAUUUUGGU